CAAAUUUUAUAUUAGGAUCGCCAAGAAGAAAAAGCAUAUCCAAGUGCGUGCACUCGGCAAUUGUACUGAGUUGAUGGCAAGUGGCAGCGGAUCAAGCAUCAGCAAACUGGCUGCCGAAUCAGAAACCACAACAGGAGGAGCAGCAGCAGCGGCCGGAACAGCGCCAAACUCCGACAAAAUGAGUUGGGGCACUGAGCUAUGGGAUCAGAAUGAAAAUCUAUCAAAUCACACAAACAAAGGCAUCGACGCCUUAGAUAAAUUAUGCAAUCUUCUAAGAGAUCGUGCAGCCAUAGAAACGGAAUAUGCCGGCAAAUUAAGGCGCUUAGUGAAAAAUUAUCAGCCCAAAAAGAAGGAGGAGGAAGACAAUGAAUUUACAUCGACGCAAGCGAUUCGCAAUGUUCUCAAGGAAGUGGGCGAUUUGGCCGGCCAACGUGAGGUGGUAUCAGAGACCCUGCUGCUCCAGACUAUACAAGGCAUGACAUUGCUAUCAAAGCAAUUGCGUGAGGAUCGUAAGAGAUGCCUAGCUGAGGGUGGCAACCUGCAACAAAAUCUUACAACGCAACUAUCCUCGCUGGAUCGCGCCAAGCGUAACUAUGAGAAGGCCUAUCGUGAUUCAGAGAAGGCUGUGGAUAAUUAUAAGAAAGCCGAUAUGGAUUUAAAUCUGAGUCGUGCGGAAGUGGAACGCUACAAGACCAUAAUGACAUCGAAGAUUCAACAAUCGGACGAUGCCAAAAACGAGUACGCCAAUCAAUUGCAGAAGACGAAUAAUCUGCAGCAACAGCACUUUACUAUCCUUUUGCCCGCCGUCUUCAAUCGCCUGCAAGAGCUGGAUGAGAAACGUACGCGUGGCAUAAGAGAAUUCAUCAUCGGAGCAGCCGAUGUCGAGUCAUCUGUGGCGCCCAUUAUAGCCAGGUGUAUGGAGGGUAUGGUCAAGGCUGGUGAAUCGAUAAACGAGAAGGAGGAUUCCUUUAAAGUCAUAGAGCGAUAUCAAUCGGGUUUCACACCACCUACAGAUAUACCAUUUGAGGAUCUAUCGAAACUUGAUCCGGAUGCUGUACAGGAUUCAACAUACAGCAAUUCCACCUCACAUCUCUUGACUGUCAAGGGUACAAUUAGUGCGAACAAGAUUAAGAAACGUGUGGGCAUCUUUAGUUUAUUCGGCAGCACUAAGAACUCUCUAACGGCUGACGGGCAAAAGGAGGACUUUAGCGAUUUGCCACCAAAUCAGAGACGCAAAAAACUGCAGGCCAAGAUCGCCGAAUUGCAACAGAAAAUUUCCCAAGAGACGAAUGCUCGUGAUGGCCUAAUGAAAAUGAAAAUCGUCUAUGAGGCGAACUCAUCGCUGGGCAAUCCGAUGACCGUUGAGGGACAACUUAACGAAUCCGAGCACAAAUUGGAAAAGCUAAAAAUCGAUUUAAAGAAAUAUCAAGGCUAUUUGGAUAAGGCAAAUCAAUUGCAGACGGCAAAUAAUAGCCCGCAAGCGAAUCGAAAUCAACUACAAAACGGGCACAGAGCAUCGAGACAUUCCAAUGGCAGCGCCGAUGAUCAUCAUGAUGAUGGCGAUGAUCAGCCCGACGAUGCUGGCAGCUUAAGCAGGUCAGAUUCAGAGGAUAAUGUGGCGCAAAUUCAAAAUGGGCAUAAUAAUAACAAUAACGGCAGUUCGGCUAGUCCCGAAAGCGGUCUGGGCACAUCGCAUACAUCGCUACCAGGUUCGGGGCAGGGCAGUGCCAAUGAGAAUGCCAUCGGUGAGGAUGCGUAUUACGAAACAGAAGUGGAACCGCUUCAACCAUUGGGCACAUGUCGUGCUCUUUAUCCCUUCGAAGCCACCAGCGAAGGCAGCAUACCGAUGAAUGAGGGCGAGGAGCUGCAAGUAAUUGAAAUUGAUCAAGGCGAUGGAUGGACGCGAGUACGACGAGCUAACAAUUCCAAUGGCUGGGACGAGGGAUUUGUGCCCACUAGCUAUAUUGAGUGCACGCUCUUUGCUUAGGCUUAAUUGAAUAAGAAUUCGAUGAGAUGACGAGAUCUACUAAAUGUUAACUACUCAGCAAACAUUUGCAUAUGUUUCCAUUCAUUUAUAAAUUUUUUUUUUAUUUUAAUUCUUGUGUACUUUUGUCAUAACUUUGUGUUCUUUAUUGAACAGCCAUACACACACACACACACACACUGAGAGAGACAUACAUUCACCUCUCACAGCCACAGCCACAU